AGCAGAUUCUAAAUUUUGCGUGUUUGUUUUCCUGAGUUUCCUCUAUAGGCUCGCUAGUCGCUAUAAUAAGGACUGCAUAUCUGAUAUCCUAACCUCCAUAUCCAACUGCCAAGCCCUUUGUCCUAAUAUUUUGCGGAUAUCUGAUGGUAUGGAUAUGGAUAUUGAAAACAUAAAUGCGGAUAUAUCCGUGGAUGCACCCCAUACUGUAUCUGUUAAUCCAAGGCCAUUAUGCUGGAUAUCCACAAGCUUACGCUGUAGCGUAGCAUGAAAUCAUAUCUCGUCUAGCCAGGAGCGCGAUUUUGUCCAUAGGUGGAGACCGUGGAGCCACAAGCUGGGAAGUGCUGUUUUACGGUGCAGGAACGACUCUUCAGUGUGGAGAAAGACGUUGACAGGACCGAUUUUCCGUCAAAGAGCGCCGUGAAGAUAGAGUAAGCGGUCCUACAAUAGGGAUGUGUGUGGACCGCACCAGCCACCCCAGGUCGCAACAGAAGAGCCAAAGGCAUCGGCAUUCAUAUCGGCAGUGUUCUACGUCCGAGUAGAAGGGUGUCGGCGGCUGAGGAGAAAGCAGUACAACUGGGAUCGAAACGAAUUCCUGGAUGUUUUCGUGGUCCGGGACGGAAAAUUAGGUUUUCCGAUGCAGUAAGCCUGAAUCUGGGGAUGUGAUGCGGCAAUGUGCAGCAACGGUAUCCGAUCGUUUGAUUGCUCAGAUUCUUCGUUUCCCUGUGAGAUUUAUCCUGACACCGGCAUCUACCAAUGGAACGCGGUAGAUGUGAAGAAUUCCGAUGGGCUCCUUGAGCGCGGUCUGGUCAUCAACACCCUCCCCCGGGGUCUGCUCGUGGACUUCGGCGUUCCCGGCCGCCGCGCUCAGUUCGUCGUUCUGAAGAGGGCACAGCACUGUCUGAGUUCCAGACAGCAGCAUUUUGCUCCAUUUAGCGAGUGGGACGCCGAGUAUAAAGGUUGGCAAAAUAAUCCUGUGGUUCCGACCGGCUUUCACGUCCUUGCGCGGACCGCCGCCGAUCGCCCGUGGACGUGGUAUCCGGCUGUGUUUCUUACGCGGCGCGUCCUAUGGAAUAAAUAUGCAUACGUUCGAAUCCAGUUGGGUAAGAGUGUUGUGGCUGUGUUCGUUAGCGCCCAGGUGGUCCGUUUUCAGCCCCGCGAUAGGGGCGGGCACCCAGUUCGGGCGGAGGACUACGUCAUACGAGCCUGUGCCCUGCCGCCGGAACAUGCAGCAGGACAGCCGUUGGACCCGGCGCUGUGGAAUCUGUGGGUGGAAGGACUGAUGUCGCUGCGUGACUGCGCUGCGUAUCCGACGUGUAUACAAAAUGGCACCCUACUGUAUCUACAGAACAGCGGUGCGCCCGCAAAACCGACGCCAGUAUCAGAAGGCGAUCUAAAUCGGCAAUGUGAACUGGCCAAAGCGGAGAUGACACGGCGGCUACAGGCUGGCUGGACCUUCAGCGGUGAUCAAUGGAUACCUCCCGCAAACCAGCCUGAAAUUACUCGUCGCCCUCCGGUUCAGCAUUCCCAUCGAAUGGCCGCCGCUAUCCCACCAGAACGCUUGCGAGAGAUUCUCUCCUGUUUUGGUACGAACGAGCGGCCGUUGUACCGCCGCGUCAGUCCGCUUUGGGACGCGAUCAUAAAGCAGGAUGCCACGCACCAGCGCCUGACGCUCACCUUUGACCAGGCGGGAACAGCAGGCUGCUCCGUGGGCAUGGGCAUUAUCAAGUAUUUAACCGCCGCCACGGAGGUGGUCGUCAUUACUAACGCCAGACAAAGCGUAACGCUGCAGGAACUCGGUGAUUCCUUGCGCUUGAUCAGCGCUGUGUACCAGCAGCGCGGUAACCGCCUGAGAAAGUUGCAAGUAGUCGUCAACCGCUGCCGCUGGGAACUAGGUGAUGACCGCCUGCCAACGGAAAUAAGGCUCUUAGCCAAAACGUGGGGCGAUGGACGGGCCGCCGUGGAGCGCCUUGUCUGGCGCAACUGCCGCUUCUGCGGUAUCGGCGAUGAGCAUAACGAGGUCGUUGUGGCCAAUGACGCCACCACCUUUCGCUAUACGUCGUGGAAUAUGCGGAUGGAUUUCUACGCACUGCUGGAGCGGCAUUUAUUGUGGAUCGAACACCGAAUUCCGCUGAAUAUCACCGGGCUGGGACGCUGGGUUGCGGAGGAAGCGCGGUUGAAUGAAACAUCAGACAACUGUGCCACCAUUAAGCGGUUACUGGAGACCUAUCAGUGCAACGAUCCCCGCCCAACAAACCGCUACCGUCGGAAGGGUGGCUGGACAGGGGAGGAUCUGCGGCGAUUAGACAUAAGGACAUUGUCAACGCUGACGCAGUGGGUACUGCACUUAACCAUGUUGUCGCGAGCACAGUUGAAUCUGCGGCCAUUUCAUCGGCGACCUGUCGUCUGAUUCAUCGAAUGACUGCCGAGGGGCAUGUGGUUGUACAGAGUACUUGUUGUUAGCACAUAAUUUCAAACCAAAAAUCGGUGACAACAAACAGCGCAGCCGGAGUCGCGCUGGGUUGCCAGCAUCGGUCAUAACCGUUUGGUUUAUGGUAAACGAAGUCGCCUGGUACAUGGGACGAAGAUCGGGUAUAUGCACCGGAUAUUUCACGCACCUGCAGUUAAUUUUUUCAU